AAUAAAAGCAUUAUCACAUCUCAUAAUAUCCAUAUAAUACAAAUAAAAAUCAUAGGAGAAAAAAGAGUUAAAAGACAAAACACUUUGAACUCUGGCCUGAAAUUUAUCUUUUUUAUGGGAAAAUCGCUCCCCAAUAACAAAACCAGUCUACACCAGCUUACAAAGACAGCAUCACAACUCCUGAGCAAAACUUCAACAAAACAAACGAAGCCCACUCCCACAAUUCGGCACAAGAACAUCAACAACAACUUCAAGGACAUGGAGAGCACCAGCGACCCGAAUAUCAUCAACAAGGCUGAUGAGAACACCCGCGUGCCGCUAUCGGAAGUCGUUUCCGAUUGCGUCAAGCGGUGGUUUAAAGACACGCUGAAAGAAGCAAAAGCCGGUGACAUCAACAUGCAGGUUUUGGUGGGCCAGAUGUAUUUUAGCGGUUACGGUGUUGCAAGAGACGCUCACAAGGGAAGAGUGUGGAUGACAAGAGCAUCGAGGACUCGAGCGGCGGUUUGGAAAGUUAGUUAUAAGCAUCCAGGUUAUAAUGCGAGUGAUUCAGAUUCAGAUGAAUUGAAUGGAGAAUCUUAGAUACUGAAGUAGGCUUCAUGUCUAAAACAAUUGAUAUGGUGGAUUUGUGCUCGCCCUGUUCUUCAACAUCUUAAAUGUGCCUGUGAUAUUCUUUUUCUUUUCUGCUUUCUUUUUUUUUUGUUUGUUUCUACCAGAUGUAACUUUGUAAACAAUCAUGUCAUUUUCAUAAAACAAUGUUAAUAUGUACUUUUUACAGGCAACAAGGUUUUGUGGCUAGAAUUUUUUCUUGAGA